AUGCAAGACUGUUCACAUGGACUUAAGGACGUAGUGUAUGACCUCGGGGAUUGCACCAAGUGGGAGUUCAUGUUUCCGAGCAACGAAAAACCUGUCUUGCAGAUGUCUCAGAGUGGAGAACAAUUAGCAGACAUGGCUGAUGAAGAGGAGUUUGAAGAGGUGGAAAAGUUCAUAGAUAUGCCACAUUCCUGGUCACAGCCGUUACAGAUAACAAGAAAAGAAUUCCAGUUGCGAUGUCCACAUGGGAAAAAAACAGUACUUUACAAGAGAGCAAAAUUAGAGAAGUACACCCCAUAUCUGCUGAGCGAUGGAAUGGUAGCUAAGCUCUACAUAUACAAAGAUGAUGAAAUGCAUAGUCUCAGCAUUACAAGAGAAUUCUAUGAGAACAGAAUUGAUCAUCUAGAGAGGCGACAGCACAAUAUGGACACUGGGUUCGUGACAGAGUACUUCAAAAAAGGAAAGAAGAACGCAUUAAGAGAACACUACUACAAGGUCAGAAGUCAGGGUCCGGAGUCGGAGCGCACGAUGAUCUUCGACAGCCACAUGCGCGUCGACGGACUCGUGAGGCGAGAGGAGCUCGCGACGGAGAUGACGGAGCACUAUGUAGAAAGCACAGAUUUCCUCGUCUACAAGCACACUAAAUUUGGAAAACGUGUGAAAAUCUUUGGACCGUCUUCAAAAUCUGCGAGGCCAAUAUCGUGCAUCGAAGAAAAGUUUAAGCGGAAUCCGGAGCGAUCUGUGAGCACAAACCUGGCGCUACGUGAGUUUGACAUUGCCAGUGACACGAUACGACUGACAUACCACCACGAACCAGACUGCGUCACCGCGGCGACCCAGGAAUUCAUAAAGCCUCCAAAUCUCGACGAGAAGCGGGACGGGACCGUGAAUCUGUUUGAGUAUCUGUCGUCGUAUCAGCCGGACCCACAUACACCCAAGCCAACUAACCUGCAGCUCUAUCAGCAGCUUGACUCGUUAAUCAAGGAAGAAUGGAAGGCACAAGCCAGAGUCAUUGAAAUACUGAAUGAACGGCGAAGGGAAGAGGCAAGAACUGAGCUAGACAUAUCCAUCUACGAUGUUGAGAGGAACGAGAAGGCAAGAAAGCAGCGACUUGCCCAGGUGCAACAAGAAAAAGAAGACAAGAAUCGUGAGCGAGAGAUGGAUACCGACUACCUCGCUCCGUUUCUCACGCGGUUCAGCAGUAGUGAGGGUGCGCUGAAGCGGUCGCAGGCACUCCGUGUGAAAGACGAGUGCCUUCAGGACCUCAAGCAGCGACUCAUCGACAAGGCAAACCUAAUACAGAGCCGGUUUGAACAGGAGACAAAUGAGCUGCAAAAGAAGCAGCAGUGGUACCAGCAGUGCCAGACGAGCAUGAGCAAGGAAGACGAAGAAGAAUACCUGAGCUACUGCAGCGCAUCGAUGUUUCGUAUACACAUUCUGGAGCACAGACUCAAUAAGCACAAGGAGCUGGCACCUCAGCGGUACAUGGCAUUGGAACAGAAGCUACGCAAUGACGCACGGCUAGCCGAUUUGUUGUAA